AUGAGCAAGUACGAGGUUCUUGGAGUAAAGAGAUCGGCGUCACUCCAAGAAAUAAAGGGAGCUUAUCAGGCGGCGGCGUUGGCAAGUCACCCGGACAAGCAAGCGAGCCUCGCUACCGCGGAGCUAAAAGCACAGGCCUCGCAACGGUUUUUGCUGAUCCAAGCGGCGUGGGAGACUCUUCGAGACGAGGACCUGCGACAGGAGUACGACUGUCGCUUGGACUUGCAGGCCAGGAACAUCGUCGUGUCUGAUGAGGUAAACGUGGACGAUAUGCACUUCGACGAGGCAGACGGUGGCAGCUUUUCCCACGAGUGCCGCUGCGGAGAGGCGUACGUCGUAACCCGAGACGAACUCAACGAAGGUUUCGAGGUCCUAGAUUGCCCCGGCUGCAGCCUGUACAUUCGGGUCCUUGGAAAGCUCGCGGAACCAGCAGCGGCGACAACAGCUCCUGCCACCGACCGAUAG